CACUGUGCUAAUUAAACGUCUGCCAGGGCUUAAAUCUAUUCGUCGUGGAUGACGCGAUUCUUAGGGUCGAUUGGCGGCAUGUAAAUACUAUAAAUUUACUUGGUUUUCCAUCUUCUAUCCCCACUGACUAUGGCUUUCUCGGCUCUCCGCACUUCUGUCCCUUCGCCAACUCGCUUUGUGCGCUCAACCAUGUCCCAAUCUCUGCGACAACCGGUCCAAUAUCGCCCGGUCUCCUUCUCUUCGUAUCUGGUCACUCCCAAGGAACUCAAUGAAGCUCUUCGGAAGAACCCGGCCACUAGAAUUUCGACGUCGCCGCGCGUUGUCCCUCUCUGCGCCGCCUGGUUCAUGCCCAACGACCCCGAGGGUCGCAAGGGAAUUGACGCUUUCCAGAAGAAUCGCAUUCCCCAGGCGCGCUACUUCGACCUGGAUGGGGUCAAGGAUACCGAGUCGCCGUAUCCGCACAUGCUCCCCACUUGCGAGACCUUUGCGGAGGCGAUGAGCAACUUGGGUAUCCGUCGCGACGACAAUGUCGUAAUCUAUGAUACUGAAGAAUUGGGGCUUUUCAGUGCGCCUCGUGUGGGCUGGACCCUGCGAGUGUUUGGUCAUCCUAAUGUGCAUGUGCUUAACAACUACCGCCUGUGGGUUCGUGAGGGAUACCCGACGGAGACUGGAGAGCCUGUGCCAGUGGAAAAGACCAAGUACCCCGUUCCCAACUAUGACGCGAAACUCGUGAUGCCAUACUCUGAGUUGAAGGAGAUCGCCAAGGAGCAUCGGAAAGAGGGCUCCAGAGAGGCGGAGAUCUUGGAUGCACGGCCCUACGGUCGCUGGGCGGGGAUUGACCCCGAGCCCCGGCCUGAACUGUCAUCUGGACAUAUCCCCGGAUCGAAGAGCUUGCCUUUUCCGGAGUUGCUUGAUCCCGAGAUCAAGACCAUGCGACCCGCAGAUGAACUUCGCAAGGUGUUUGAAGAGCGCGAGAUCGAUGCGUCCAAAACGAUUAUCAGCUCUUGUGGCUCCGGCGUGACUGCUGCCAUUAUUGAGACGGCUUUGCAUGUGUCGGAGUACGGGGAACCGAACCUUCGGAGGGUGUACGAUGGCAGCUGGACUGAGUGGGCACAGCGUGUAAAGCCGGCGGACGGUCUCAUCCGUAAGACUUAGAUACUAUAUCCCUACGACUCACCUCUAUCUUCAUUGUUUCAUGGUAAAGACGGACUGUAUGACAGAAUGCUUGAUGUUCCUUGCGCGCAUUUCUUUUCUGGGUUACUUUGGUAUCCAAGGGCGGAUCUGUUUCGUUACAUAGAAGCGUUCGGCAUCUAGAUAUCCAUGUUUUCGACCACAGUACAGAUGUACAUAGAACGAAGAA